AAAAAAAAAAAAUGACUGAUCAAAGUCCAUACCCAGAAGAAGAGGGAAUCGUUAAGGACGAAUUUUAUGUCCAAAAUGAAGAACACGGAGGAGAUGAAUAUGAUCCUCGGCAAGACAUGGAAGAAGAAGAAACAGAAGACAAUGUUGAUGUUGUGGAAGAGGAUCCCGCUGAUUUAGAUCAAAAUGCAACAAUUGAACCAAAAAGAUUUCGUGAUUCUACCUAUAAUAUCGCACAAAAGAAAGGCUUUUAUUAUGAGAAUGAGACAGAUGUAACAGGAGGCGAAGUUUCUGAGCAAAGUGUUAGAGACAAAGAUGCUUCAAGACAAUUGUCAUCGCUUGUUGCUGCAUCUCACCGAAAGAAUAGAGCUCCGGAACAAAAACGUCAAAGUGCUUUAAAGGCUUCAGAAUUGCAUGAAAAAGUGACCGGACAUCCUUUGAAAAUAAAUGAAGAGGGAGAAGUUCAAUAGAUGAGGAUUAAGUGAUAAAUAAAAUUUCGAUCUAUGAACUGCGUUAGUUUUUUGUUAUUCGUUUGUAGUGAUCUUGUUGUUAACAGAAGGGGGUAAAAUAUUUUUAUGAUUAAAAAAUUUCCGAGAGAUUUUUAUAUAUUAAAUAA